AUGCGAGUAAAUACAGUAGAUCUCAAAAAAGAAGCCGUGGGUCCACAAGAUGACAAGAGUGAGCUUGAGCAGUCCGGCAAGCUCUUCGUUGGCGGCCUGGACUACGGUGUGCAGAAUGACUCUGAAGUCCAAGAAAGCGAAACCAUACUGCCAGAUGAUGGACCAGGAUGGGGUGGAUCCACUGACGAGAGUGUGAUGCCAGCUGAGGCUAUCAAGACAGAACCACCGGAUUAUGUUGAACGGGACGAAACGCCCGGCAGCCAUCUUUCGUCCACGGAGUCGGAGUCUGAACGCUAUGGGGAAGAUUGGAAACCCGACAGCCAAGUGUCUGCUUUUACGAAAGGUACUGAACUGUUAGAUUACACGGACAUGACGGAGGUUACGUUCCACUUGAAUGCAGAGCCGCAGGUUUCCGAAGCGUCCCAACUACACGAUGGCACAGAGGUGGCCGUUAAGAUUGAGCCGCAAGACGCGACGGAAGUUUGCACCGAGACAGUUGCCAUGGGGACGGGGAUGGAUGGUUCCAGCGACAAUAGUGCGAUGGCAGCUGUUACUAUCAAGACGGAGCCACCAGAAUAUGUUGAACAGGAUGAAGCGCCUGGCAGUCAUCUUGUAUCUGUUAAAUCAGAGACAGAAUGUUACGAGGAAGUUCGGAAACCCAGGAACCAUGUGCCAGCUCUUACGGAAGGCGAACCAUCAGAUUAUGCGGACGUGACAAAGGUUACAUUCCACACAAAUCCAGAGCCGCAGGUUUCCGAAGGGUUUCAACAACAUGGCAACGCAGCGGUGGCCGCUGAGAUUGAGCCUCAGGAUCCGACGGAAGUCAACAAUCGGGCAGAUCCCGCGGAGACGGGGAUGGUCCGUUGUGCCAGCUACACGUGCGAACUCAAGCUGAAGGUUGUUGAGCAUGCCAUUGAACAUGGCAACUGCGCGGCCGCAAGACAUUUUGGCGUCGACGAGGUGCGCGUCCGGUAUUGGAAACAGCAACGUGAAAAGUUGCAAGCCGCAAAGAAGACGCGUCGGUCUUUCCGAGGACCGAAGCAGGGAAAGUUUCCUCGCGUUGAGGAGGAAGUGCUCGAAUACGUGACGAACUUUCGGAAGAAGGGUUGUGCUGUGUCACAUGAGCUGAUUCAGAAUCACGCACGGACCAUUGCAAGAAGACAUGGCAUCUCAGCGCAGGAUUUCAAGGCCAGUAUUGGUUGGGCAACACGCUUUAUGCGACGGAACGGACUCUGUCUCUGAAUACGUAGGACACUGUGCCGACGGCUCCCUUCAAGCUACGAGGACAAGAUCACUGAUUUUCACCGUUACCUUAUAAGGAUGCGCCAAGAAAAAAAACUUCAUCGUGUCCCAGAUUGGAAAUGCCGAUCAGACCAGAAGGGUGCACGGAGAGUUCACAUCAGGACAACACAAACUGAAAAGCAAAGGUGCACUGUGAUGCUGGCAGUGACGGUGGAUGGCUGUAAGCUGCCACCAUACAUGGUCUUCAAAAGGAAAACACUUGCCAAGGGCAAGUUUCCAGAUGUCAUUCACAUUCGUGUACAAGAGAAGGGGUGGAUUUCAGCGGACCUGAGGGUGGACUGGAUUACGACAGUGUGGGGUUUCCAGCCAAAUGCCUUUCUUCCAUCGCUUCUCGUGCUGGAGAGUAUUCUUGGGCAUCUCCUGGACAGUGUUCACCUCAAGUUGAAGGAGCUAUGCGCCGACAUUGCCGUCGUUCCGGGUGGCC